UCACAUUUUCCGUUAUCAUGAAACUGGCCUAGCCUCGGGCUACGUUUGCCGUCAGAAGGAAACAGGAAGCUGACGGGUGUGUACCGCUGCAAUCCAACCUCCCUGUUUUUCUACCUGCUUUUUCUUUCCCGACCAAAAAGCGCUGGAUACACCUAUCCUCGUCCUUCUCCUGUCUACUUUCUUCACAGCAGUGUAAAAUGGCCUCUGGAAUAGCGGUUCAUGAUGACGUCGUCCUCACGUUUGACAAGAUCAGAGUUCGCCUCCAGGGGGCUGACAAGCAGGAGCAGCUGAAGCUGGUGCUCUUCAAGAUCAGCGACGACGGGAAAUGUAUCAUCGUGGACGAGGACAAAUGCCUGAAGGUCAAGGACCUGAACGGGGAGGAGGACGUAUUCAGGAAGAUCGUUAACAUGAUGCCGACGGAUGACUGCCGCUAUGCCCUGUAUGACUGUUCCUGGGAGAGCAAGGACAGCCCCAAAGAGGACCUGGUCUUCAUCAUGUGGGCUCCAGAACACUCAACUAUCAAAAAGAAAAUGAAAUACGCCAGCUCAAAGCAAUACAUUAAAGCAAAGUUCCAAGGUCUGAAGUUUGAGUGGCAGGUGAACGACAUGUCAGACGCCAAAGACAGCUCUGUCUUCAUCGAUAAGCUGGGAGGGAGAGGAGUCGUUAAAAAACUGGAGGGGAAAGCGGUCUAAGGUCCUGACUACUGAUGCCGCCGUGCAACAUGCAAUCGAAACCAGACCUGGGUUCGAAUACUAUUCGAAAUCCUUCAGAUACUUUUCAGCGUUUGCUUAAGGCUGCUUAAGAGUGCCAGGUGGGCAGUUUUUUUAUUAUUUUGUAUUUUUAUUAUUAUUUUAAAUUUAACAUUUAGGGAUUUUCUACUGAUUGCAACAGGCAAGCUCAAUCAAGCACAGCUAAAAUAUUUAGAAUUAUUUUGAAUAGUUCUUGAACCCAGGUCUGUUCAUAACACAGAUACAAAAGCAGCCCACUGUCGGUGUCUCCAACUGACCUGUCCAACGACGAGAGUACAGUGGUUGAUUUGGUCUUUGUAGAAACAUGCCUUGGUCAAUGAAAUAGCUACUCCAUGUAGUUGAUACAUUUACUUUUUUCCAGAUGUCACUGCUCCACGACUUUACACAAAUUCACAUGUAUUUCCUGUAACUUGGGAUCCUAGUAUCAUCCUAGAAUGUGCUUUUAUUUGUGUUAUCUUGUGUUAUUGACUCUGUUACAGAUCACAAUCAUGUGAUUUUAUUUUUUUAAGCAUACCAUUGAUAUCACACCUUCCAUGGUUGCUGAUGUUUUGUUUGAAUUGGAAAAUGUCACAAAAUAUAUUGCUAAAAAAAGGAAGAUGCCUCCACAAAAUGUCGAUGGCAGAAGGUCCGCCACAUUAUAAUAAAGAGAAACUGAAUUUCCCCUGGA